AGAUGGUUGAGUCCUCGUCAAGGUUGCUGCUGUUGGUCUCCUCAUACAUCCAGCGCUGACUGACUCCAGCGAUCAGUCUCCUCUCCAGCGCGAGGAAUAUCCGUUUCUGCCGGACACUUGAGACUAUGAAAGCAGCUGAUAAUGAGGGAUGGCGAGGAUUUCUAGUGCUUUCACAUAGAGGAUGUAUCAGAUGCGCUCACGCUACCACGAUGACGAUUAAAACUGGAUUUAUCAUUGGGAAUAUAGUGUUCUGCUGUAUACUGUCGUGUGUGCAGGGUUUCAUUUAUACAUGUGGUGGGACAUUAAAAGGGAAAAAUGGGACCAUAGAAAGUCCAGGUUUUCCUCACGGAUACCCUAACGGAGCGAACUGUACGUGGGUUAUUGUAGCCGAGGAGAGAAGCAGGAUUCAUAUAGUUUUUCAGUCCUUCGCUGUGGAGGAAGAAUAUGACUUUUUAUCUUUAUACGAUGGACAUCCUCAUCCUGCAAACUUCAGGACAAGGUUGACAGGAUUUCAGGUGCCAGCGCCUGUCACAAGCACCGGAUCCAUAUUUUCCCUGCGUCUUACCAGCGACUUCGCUGUAAGCGCCCAUGGAUUUAAAAUAUAUUAUGAAGAACUACAAAGCAGCUCUUGUGGGAAUCCAGGAGUUCCUGCCAAAGGAAUCCUAAACGGAACGAGCUUCAAUGUGGGAGACAGAAUCCGGUACCACUGUGUGGCUGGAUAUACCCUGGACGGCCACGCACAGCUGACCUGUGUCACCAGCACGUCUAAUGUAGCGGUGUGGGAUUUUCCUAUUCCCAUCUGCAGAGCUGAGGACACAUGUGGCGGGACCUUCCGAGGGUCCAGUGGCACCAUCUCCAGCCCAGACUUUCAGAAGGACUAUCAGAGCAGUGGCGAGUGCACCUGGACCAUCCUGGCUGAUCCAGGAGACACAAUCUCACUGGUUUUCACUGAAUUCCAGAUGGACAGCAAACUCGACUCUUUAGAAGUUGAAGGAUCUGAUCCACCAACAAUAUGGUUAUCUGGAAUUAAUAUUCCUGUGCCCAUAGUCAGCAACAAGAACUGGCUACGGCUUCAUUUCGUCACAGACAACAGUCAUCGACAUAAAGGAUUCAGUGCUCAAUAUCAAGUGAAACGAUCGGGAGAUUUUAAGUCAAGGGGAGUGAAAUUAUUACCCGGAAAAGACAACACGAGUAAAUUUUCAAUAAUGAAUGAAGGGAUGGUCAAGCAGGUCUCCAACUUCUGCCCGGACCCCGGGGAACCGGAGAACGGCAAACGCAUUGGCACUGAUUACAGCAUCGGUGCAACGGUUCAUUUCACCUGUGACGGGGACCACGUGCUUCAGGGAUCCAAAAGCAUCACGUGCCAGAGGGUCGCAGAGGUGUUCGCGGCCUGGAGUGACCAUAGACCCGUCUGUAAAGCGAAAACAUGUGGGAUGAACCUCUUCGGCCCUUCAGGAACGUUUACAUCGCCUAAUUUUCCCAUCCAGUACGAGAGUAAUUCGCAGUGUGUGUGGAUUAUCACCGCCAGUAACCCCAAUAAGGUUAUUCAAAUCAAUUUCGAAGAGUUCGACUUGGAGCUGGGAUAUGAUACGUUGACUGUCGGAGAUGGAGGAGAGGUUGGCGACUCGAAAACAAUCAUACAAGUGUUAACGGGCAGUUUCGUCCCUGACCUCAUCGUCAGUAUGACCCAUCAAAUGUGGCUGCAUUUGCAGUCUGAUGAAAGUGUGGGCUCUAUUGGCUUUAAGAUCAACUAUAAAGAAAUUGACAAGGAAAGUUGCGGGGAUCCCGGCAUCCCUCUGUACGGACUCCGAGAGGGCGGGGGCUUCUCCAACGGAGACGUGCUGCGCUUUGAAUGCCAGUUCGGAUUCGAGCUCAUUGGCGAACGAAUGAUUUCCUGUCAGAAUAACAAUCAGUGGUCUGCUAACAUUCCCAUCUGUAUAUUUCCCUGUAUGUCCAACUUCACGGCCGCAAUGGGAACCGUUUUGUCUCCGGACUAUCCGGAGGGCUACGGUAACAACCUCAACUGUGUCUGGCUAAUCAUUGCUGAACCGGGCAGCCGUAUCCAUCUGGCCUUCAACGAUUUUGACCUGGAGCCUCCCUACGACUUCCUGACGGUGAGGGACGGGGAGCUGGCGGACGCUGUGGUGUUGGGACGCUUCUCUGGGGCGGAAGUGCCAUCGCACCUCACUAGCAACUCCAACAUCCUCCAGCUGGAGUUCCAGGCCGACCACUCAAUGUCCGGACGAGGAUUUAACAUUACGUAUAGCACGUUUGGACACAAUGAGUGCCCGGAUCCCGGAGUGCCUAUGAAUGCCAAGCGCUUUGGUAAUAAUUUCCAGCUGGGAAGCUCUAUAUCAGUGGUGUGUGAGGAGGGCUUCAUAAAGACGCAAGGCUCGGAUACUAUUGUGUGUGAACUGGAGGCGGGAAAGGUGAUGUGGAGUGGUUUGAUCCCCAAAUGUGAAGCGCCCUGCGGAGGCCAUUUCACCGCUCCGGUGGGAGUCAUUCUGUCCCCGGGGUGGCCUGGCUACUACAAAGAUUCCCUGAGCUGUGAGUGGGUCAUCGAGGCCGAGGUGGGACGCUCCAUCAAGAUAAGCUUUGACAGGUUCCAGACAGAACUCAAUUAUGACUUUCUAGAGGUUCACGAUGGGCCUAAUCUCCUCUCGCCCCUAAUCGCCUCUCUAAAUGGCACCCAAGUCCCUCAGUUCCUGUUCAGCAGCGGCAACUUCCUGUAUCUUCUUUUCACCACCGAUAACAGUCGCUCUAACAGUGGCUUUAAGCUCUUUUAUGAAAGCGUCACUCUGGACACUCACUCAUGUUUAGAUCCCGGCGUGCCCGUAAAUGGAAUACGUUACGGGCAGGACUUGGCCAUCGGUUCGGUGGUGUGGUUUGGCUGCGAGCCCGGAUACAGACUGAGCCACGAGGAGCAGUUGGUCUGUGAGAAGAACCACUGGUGGAGCCACCCUCUGCCGACAUGUGACGCUCUGUGCGGAGGCGAUGUCCGGGGCCCAGAGGGCAUCAUCCUCUCUCCUGGCUUUCCAGAGCUCUAUCCCAACUCAUUAAACUGCACAUGGACUCUGGAGGUCAGCCAUGGCAAAGGUGUGCAGUUCACGUUUCAUGCGUUUCACCUGGAGGAUCACCAUGACUACCUGCUCCUGACGGAGAACGGCAGUUUUGUGCGGCCCCUCGCCCGGCUCACCGGUUCACAACGACCCCCGCCAGUCAACGCCGGGCUCUACGGCAACUUCAAGGCUCAGCUUCGGUUCAUUUCAGACUUUUCCAUCUCCUUCCAGGGUUUCAACAUCUCGUUCUCAGAAUAUGAUUUGGAGCCAUGUGAGGACCCUGGUGUGCCCCAGUUUGGCAGGCACAGCGGUGGCAGAUUUGGCAUCGGUGACACCCUGACGUUCUCAUGUGACCUUGGUUACCGCCUGCAAGGCGCUCGAGAAAUCACUUGCCUGGGCGGUGGGCGGCGCAUAUGGAGUGCACCUCUGCCAAGGUGUGUGGCUGAGUGUGGCUCAACGGUUUCCAAGAAUGCCGGUGUCCUAUUGUCCCCAAACUACCCCCGCAAUUACGAGAACAACCAUGAAUGUAUCUACACCAUUCAAGUACAAGCAGGAAAAGGAAUCAACAUCUCGGCUAGCACCUUUAAUCUGGCUCAAGGUGAUGUUCUCAAGUUAUACGAUGGUCUGGACAACACCGCAGAAGUUCUGGGAGGUUUCUCUGGUUCAUCUAUGUUGGGUCAGUCAUUGACCAGCACGUCCAAUCAUCUGUGGCUGGAGUUUUUUUCUGAUCAAGAGGAUACGGCUGAGGGUUUCAAGCUGGUUUAUUCCAGUUUUGAACUUUCUCAUUGUGACGAACCCGGCGUGCCUCAGUUUGGAUCCAAAGUCAGCGACCAAGGCCACUUUGCUGGCAGCGUGGUCACGUAUCGCUGUGAUCCUGGCUACAGUCUCCAUGGCAGCAGCAUACUGAGAUGUAUGACGGGCGAGAGACGGACGUGGGACCACCCGCUCCCCUCAUGCAUAGCGGAGUGUGGGGGAAGUUUUAAAGGUGAGUCAUCCGGACGGAUACUGUCUCCCGGAUACCCGUUUCCAUAUGACAACAACCUACGCUGCACAUGGACCAUCGAGGUGGACUCCGGCAACACUGUCAGUUUGCAGUUCUUGGCAUUUGACACUGAGGCAUCGCAUGAUAUCCUGAAGGUUUGGGAUGGUCAUCCGGAAAACGAGAUGGCCCUAAAGGAAGUGAGUGGUUCGCUGCUACCCGAAGGCAUUCACAGCACUCUCAACGUGGUCACCAUCCAGUUUGAGACGGACUUCUACAUUAGCAAAUCUGGAUUUGCCAUCGACUUUUCAAGUUCAGUGGCGACCGCCUGCAGGGACCCGGGGACGCCCAUGAACGGCAGCCGCAGCGGAGAGGGCAAAGAGCCCGGCGACACGGUGACCUUCGCGUGUGAUCCGGGCUACGACCUGCAAGGCGAGCCCAGGAUCACCUGCAUUCAGGUGGACAACAGAUUCUACUGGCAGCCCAGCCCUCCUACAUGUAUCGCUCCUUGUGGUGGAAACAUUACAGGCUCGUCUGGAUUCAUUCUGUCACCGAAUUUCCCCCACCCGUACCCGCACAGCAAGGACUGCGAUUGGUUCAUCACGGUUCAUCCUGAUUACGUCAUUUCCUUGGCGUUUAUUAGUUUCAGCAUCGAGCCCAACUAUGACUUCUUGUACAUCUACGACGGACCUCACAGCAACAGUCAUCUGAUCGGCACAUUUCAAGACAGCAAGUUGCCAGAAAAGGUCGAAAGCAGCUCCAACAUCAUGCACAUUGCCUUCCGCAGCGACGGGUCCGUGAGCUACACGGGCUUCCAUCUGGAAUACAAAGCUAAACUGCGUGAGGCUUGUUUUGACCCGGGCAGCGUGAUGAAUGGCACUCGGUUGGGUGGAGACUAUAAGCUGGGCUCAACUGUGACCUUCCACUGUGAUCCAGGCUACCAGCUCCAGGGUUAUUCCAGUCUCACCUGUGUCAUGGGUGGCACCAACAGACCCGAGUGGAACAGAGCUCUGCCCAGCUGCCAAGCUCCAUGUGGAAGCCGGUCGACAGGUUCAGAGGGCACCGUUUUGUCCCCAAACUACCCACGCAACUACACCUCAGGCCAAUCCUGCGUGUAUGAGAUCUCAGUGCCGGGAGAGUUCGUUCUCUUCGGCCAGUUUAUGUUCUUCCAGGCGACCCCUAAUGAUGUGCUGGAGAUCUUUGACGGGCCCUCGACGGAGUCUCCACUCCUCACCUCUGCUCAAGGCUCUCACUCAGGAGAGCCAUUGCCGCUGAGCUCUGCCAAUGAAAUCACCAUCAGGUUCAAAACCGAGGGACCAAGCACAGCUAAAGGUUUUCAUUUUGUGUAUCAAGCUGUUCCAAGGACCAGCGCUUCCCAGUGCAGCUCCGUCCCUGAGCCUCGCUACGGGAAACGCAUUGGGAAUGACUUUGGAUUGGGCACAGUGGUGCUUUUCGAGUGUAACCCAGGUUACACUCUUCAUGGUGCCACUGCCAUCAGGUGCGAGGCAGUGCCCAACUCACUGGCACAAUGGAACGGCACAGUGCCAACAUGUGUCGUUCCAUGCGGAGGAGUUCUGACCACGCGCCGUGGGACCAUUCUGUCUCCGGGUUACCCCGAUCCCUAUGACAACCAUUUGAACUGCGUUUGGAAGGUCUUUGUACCGGAGGGAACUGGAAUUCAAAUCACAGUUGUGACUUUUUCCACCGAACACAACUGGGACUCGCUAGACUUUUACGACGGUGUCGACAGCAGUGCUCCACGACUAGGAAGCUAUUCGGGGACCACCAUUCCACCCCUGCUGAACACCACGUCCAACAACCUGUUCCUCACCUUUCAAACUGACAUGAGCGUUUCUGGAGCUGGUUUCCACCUGGAAUAUACAGCAAUAGGUUUGGACUCCUGCCCAGAACCUCAAACCCCCAGCAAUGGUGUGAAAGUGGGCGACCGCUACUUCGUGGGUGAUGUUGUCUCGUUCCACUGCGAACAAGGAUACACUCUAAAGGGAAGUGCAUAUAUAACCUGCAUGCCGGGGCCUGUCAGAAGAUGGAACUACCCAGCGCCCCUCUGUCUGGCCGAGUGCGGGGGAUUCCUGUCGGACCUGAAUGGAGUCAUCCUAAGUCCCGGCUUUCCUGGAAAUUACCCCAGUGGGCUUGACUGCAACUGGACAGUUAAACUUCCUGUUGGCUUUGGGAUUCACCUGCAAUUCCUCAACUUCUCCACUGAAGCUGUGCACGACUACCUUGAAGUCCGUAGCGGGACGCUGGACUCGGGCACGGUGAUCGAUAGGUUCAGCGGGCCCGUUGUUCCUGAGUCUUUCUUCAGCACGACCCACGAGACCAGCUUCUUCUUUCACAGCGACUACUCGCAGAACAAGCCCGGUUUCCACAUCACCUACGAGGCGUAUGAACUACAGAGGUGUCCGGACCCGCGGCCCUUUCGUAAUGGUGUGGUGAUUGGCAGUGAUUUUGGAGUGGGUAUGACCAUUUCGUUCCAGUGCCUGCCGGGAUACACGCUGCUGGGCGAAGCGUCGCUCACGUGCCUGCAUGGCAUCAGCCGCAACUGGAACCAUCCUGUGCCUCGAUGUGAAGCACUUUGCGGUGGUAAUAUCACGGCCCUCAAUGGGACCAUCUACUCUCCGGGCCACCCGGCUGACUACCCCAAUCUUAAAGACUGCAUAUGGAGCAUCCGAGUGCCUCCAGGCAACGGCAUUCAUAUCAACUUCACCGUGCUCAACACAGAGCCCAUCUACGACUAUAUCACCAUCUGGGACGGCCCUGACCAAACAUCCCCACAGAUCAGUCAAUUCAGCGGCAGCUCGCCUCAGGAGGCCGUUUCCAGCACGUCCAAUCACAUCCUGCUCAAGUUCCACAGCGACUUCAGCACCAGCGGAUUCUUUGUUCUGCGUUACCAUGCUUACCAACUCCGCGUCUGUCAACCUCCCCCGCGUGUCGCCAACGCAGAGAUCCUGGCUGAAGAUGAUGAAUUUGAAAUUGGAGACAUCAUCAGGUACCGCUGCCUGCCGGGCUUCACGCUGCUCGGGAGCGAGAUCUUGACCUGUAGGUUGGGCGAGCGACUGCAGAUGGAUGGUCCUCCUCCGGUCUGCCAAGUGCAAUGUCCUGACAAUGAGGUUCUGUUCGACUCGACGGGCGUAAUCUUGAGUCCAGGUUAUCCUGACAGCUACCCCAACCUUCAGAUGUGCUCCUGGAUGAUCAACGUGGAGAAGGGCUACAACAUCACACUGCACUUUGAACUCUUCCAGACGGAGAAAGAGUUUGAUAUUCUGGAGAUCUUUGAUGGGCCAAAUAUUUACAGUCAGAGCCUGGCUGUGUUGAGCGGAGAUCUCAGCGUGCCCUUCAACAUCACCACCACGGGUCACCAGCUGUUUCUCCGCUGGUCGUCUGAUCACGGCACCAACAAAAAGGGCUUUCGUAUCACAUACGUGGGUGAGUAUCAAACGAUGUACUGCAGUACCCCAGACUCUCCGCAGCACGGUUUUGUGGUCAGCCAGACGGGCGGCCACGCCAACAGCGUCGUCCGCUGGGCCUGUGACCGCGGCUACAGGCUCAUUGGGAAAAAUAUGGCCGUCUGCAGGAGAACUGAGCUCGGUUAUCUUGCCUGGGACUCGUCUGUGCCCGCAUGUCAAGCUGUGUCCUGUGGGUCGCCCGUGGCCCCCGUGAACGGAGGCAUGCUGGCCGCUGAUUAUUCGGCAGGAACACGAGCCACCUACUUCUGCAAUGAUGGCUUCCGUCUGUCCUCUAAAGAGGUGACCAGCACCGUGUGUCAGGCUGAUGGCACGUGGAGCAACCACAAUAAAAUCCCUCGCUGCACAGUUGUGGUGUGUCCCAGCAUCGGCUCCUUCACCCUGGAUCACGGCAAAUGGAGGAUCGUCAACGGCUCUCGUUAUGAAUACGGCACUAAAGUGGCCUUUACUUGCAACGCCGGCUACUACCGGCUCGGCCCCGCCCACAUUCACUGUACAUCCAAUGGGACGUGGAGCUGGAGGAAUGAGCGACCUCGCUGCAAGAUCAUUUCGUGUGGAGAGCUGCCCACUCCUCCUAAUGGAAAGAAAAUUGGAACGCAGACGACCUUCGGAGCAACCGCUAUUUUUACCUGCAACUCGGGCUUCAUUCUGGUGGGCUCGACUGUACGGGAAUGUCUGGCAUCGGGUCUCUGGAGCGGGACAGAGACACGCUGUCUCGCUGGCCAUUGUGGUGCUCCAGAAAGGAUUGUGAACGGUCAAGUGAUCGGUGAAAACUUCGGCUACAGGGAUACGGUAGUUUACCAGUGCAAUCCGGGUUUCCGUCUCAUCGGUUCCUCUGUGCGCAUCUGCCAACAGGAUCACAACUGGUCCGGACAGCUGCCGUCCUGCGUGUCCAUUAGCUGCGGUCAUCCGGGCAGCCCUAUCUACGGCCGCACUGUUGGCGACGGCUUCAACCUGAACGACGUGGUGACCUUCUUCUGUAAUAACGGCUACAUUCUGGAAGGCCCGUCUCAAGCGCAGUGCCAGGCGGACCGCCAGUGGAGCCAGCAGCCGCCCACAUGCCGAGUUGUCAACUGCACGGAUCCCGGUAUACCUGCCAACUCAAUCAGAAAGAGUAAAAUUGAGUACGGGAACUUCACUUUCGGAACCGUGGUGUCUUAUGACUGCAAUCCCGGCUAUUACCUGUUCGGGUCAUCGGUCCUAACCUGCCAGCCGGUGGGUUACUGGGACAAGCCAUUACCAGAAUGCCUGGAGGUGGACUGUGGUCAUCCCGGAUCUCCUCCUCAUGCGGUUGUGAUGGGGGAUAAAUUCACCUUCGGCUCUACAGUUCACUACAGGUGUUUAGAAGACCGAGCUUUGAUUGGCGAAUCCACUCGCACCUGCCAGCUGAACGGCCAAUGGAGCGGCUCCCAGCCUCACUGCUCAGGUGAUAAAAGGGGCGCCUGCGGAGAUCCGGGCACGCCGGCCCAUGCCACCCGAGAGGAGGGCAGCUUUCAGCAGCACGCCAAAGUGCGCUUCACUUGCGCCACGGGUCACACGCUCUACGGCUCGGCGGAACGGAUCUGCUUCCCCAACGGCACUUGGUCGGGCCGUCAGCCCACCUGCAAACCUGUUCAGUGCGGAAAUCCUGGGACUCCGGCUAAUGGGCGAAUUUCACGUGUUUAUGGCACCACCUUCUCUCACUCCAUCAUCUACUCGUGCGUGGACGGAUACCGGCUCUCGGGUUCGCCCUCCCGUCAGUGCCUGGCGAACGGUACCUGGUCUGGCAGCGAGCCCAACUGCACCCUGAUUAGCUGUGGGGAGCCGGGCGUACCUGCCAACGGCCUGAGGUUCGGCGAGGACUUCACCAUCGGCCAGAACGUGACGUAUUCCUGCCAGCCUGGGUAUGUGAUGGAGAACGGGAGCUUCGUUAUCCGCACCUGCACCCACAACGGCACCUGGAGCGGAACAUUACCCACCUGCCAAGCGGUGACCUGCGCUCCUCCGCCCAGCGUGUCUAACGGUGAGGUGGAGGGCUCUGUGUUUGAGUGGGGCACCAGCGUGAGCUACCGCUGCCUCAUGGGAUACGAACUGUCCUUCCCCGCCGUCCUCACGUGUGUCGGCAACGGCUCCUGGAGCGGAGAGGUUCCUCUGUGCCUGCCCAAGUUCUGCGGUGACCCCGGCCUACCUCCGCGCGUCAGACGAGAGGGUCAGAGCUUCAUCUUCAAAGCCGAGGUCACGUUCACCUGCAGCGCCCCCUACGUCCUGGUUGGCUCCUCGACACGCACCUGUCAAGCGGACGGCACGUGGAGCGGCACGCAGCCGCGCUGCAUAGAACCGACCCGGACGACGUGCGAAAAUCCCGGCACUCCGGAGUACGGCUCUCUCAACAGCAGUCUGGGCUUUAAGGUGGGCAGCACAGUGAAGUUCCACUGUCAAACCGGCCACUUGUUACUGGGCUCCACCACACGGACAUGCCAGCAAGAUUUGACCUGGAGUGGCACUCAACCAGAAUGCAUCCCCCACUCCUGUAAGCAACCAAAGACCCCGCCACAUGCCAACGUGCUGGGCAUGGACCUGCCGUCCUUUGGCUACACGCUGCUCUACUCCUGCCAGCCUGGUUUCAUACUCACUGGGGGCUCUGAGCACCGUGCGUGCCGGCCGGAUGGAUCCUGGACCGGGAAAGUGCCCGUUUGUAGAGCUGGCUCCAAAACAACCGAAAAAGUCAUAACGCCCGUUCAAGGAACAUUGAGUCCCAAAAUCAACGUUCCAGACGACGUGUUCGCGCCCACGUACGUGUGGAAAGGUUCAUUUGAGUAUAAAGGAGUGAAGCAGCCGAUGACUUUGACAAUCACUAGCUUUAACGCGACUACGGGGAAAGUCAAUGUGACUUUAACUAACAGGCACUCAGAACUGCUGUUGUCAGGUGUUUACAAGAGUCGAGACGCUCGUCUGACGCUGCGGCUGUAUCACAGGAGAGCUCUGGUGAAGAGCACCUACAGCAAGAUCACUGAGGAGACCUUGAUCAUGGACGGUUUUGUCUCUGCUGACCAUGAAGGAAACACGUACUUGUUUCAAGGCUUUAUACAAGGUAGAGACUACGGCCCGUUUGGACUACAGAGACAAGGUCUGAACAUAAUAGAGCCCACCAGGAGCCCCGAGGUUCCACCCAGAACCAACAGCAGCUCUGUGGCCAUUGCGAUUCUUGUGCCUUUCUUCGCCCUGAUUUUUGCAGGCUUUGGGUUUUAUCUCUAUAAACAGAGGAAGUCUGAUAAAGCGGAGUACAGCGGCUGCUCCGUGCAUGAAAACAACAAUGGUCAGGCUACAUUCGAGAAUCCCAUGUACAACACCAGUUCCAAAUCCAUCGAGGGAAAGGUUGUCCGCUUCGAUCCCAAUCUCAAUACGGUUUGCACAAUGGUUUGAGGGUUUGAUGCUGUCAGAGCUGUCACUUUUGUGUUGGUAUAUUACUUGUUUUAGUCUCUUCGAAGAAACUUUCAAGCACAGUUUGGGGUGCGGUUACUCACACGGCAGCUCAAAGCUGUGCGCGGAUUUGCAGGAAAACGUCACGUUCUUCGCCGCUCGAGUGGAGAAAUAUAUACUAUCUACAUCUCACUCUGAGAGUGUUGAUUUUGUAUUUAAAAGAAAACAACAAAAAGCUACGUGUCCUUUUUCAAUGUGAGAUUCAUAUGGAGAAAAUUCUUUUAAGCCAUUCCAAGGGCGUUCACACAUACAGCGAUUUGAGAAGUUGAGAAACGUUUAACUUUAUGCAAGUCAACAUGAUACUGUGACUACUGGUUGGAGUGAAGACAUUUGAUGUGAUAACAUGAUCCGUCUCUUGUCAGAUACUGUAGGCAAAAUGGUGAAGUUAAUGUUCUGUAUGAUUUCUCUGCUUGAAAAAAAAAAAAAAACAUGAUGCAUGGAGAACCUUGUCAGAAAUCAUGAGCGUUUAAAGCCCAUUCAUGCAUCGGUAAUCGUUCAUUUACUUCAUGAUAUGAUGCUUAAGUGCUGCUGCGAUUUAUAUUCAGACUCUUUCCUCUGCAGAAUGCUCAUUUGUACUGGCAAGAAAACUGAUUCUUUGUCAAACAAGCUUAUUUUUACUGACAGCGUGUGAUGAACAGGCUGUAUGUGUGAACGGGCCUUCAAACUGUGCACAUCGUCUCAUCAUCGCAGUGCGCUUAAACCUACUAACCUCCUACGGAUCCAAGUCGCUUAGGGAACAUGAGCGUUCCUGUUGGAUGAUGCUCACCAUUCAAGCGUAACCUUGUUUUUUUUUAAUGAGGAUUGAUUGCUAUUACAAAUUGUUUUCACCGUUGGCUGUUUUAAAGAAUUGGUUCACCUGAAAAUGAAAAUUUGCUGAAAAUGUACUCACUCUUAGACCGUCCAAGAUGUAGAUGAGUUUGUUUCUUCGUCAGAAAAGAUUUGGAGAAAUGUAGCAUUGCAUCACUUGCUCACCAAUGGAUGUGAAUGGGUGCCGUCAGAAUGAGAGUCCAUAAAAACGUCACAAUAAUCCACACAACUCCAGUCCAUGAAAGGCUUUGUAAGUGUUUGGAAACCAAUCCAUCAGGAUAUUUUUUAGGGCCUCAAGCACGUAGUUCUGAAACCUAUUUUAAUUGUUAGAAUGGUCACGGAUCAGCGAUCUCCAUGUAAAACUGGUAGUGCAGAUCAAGCCGUAAGUCGUAGAGACUUGAAACUUGGAGGGAUGGUAGUACUCACACCGCCUACAAUGUGACCCAGGCUCGGCCCAAUCGGCCUGACGGGGGCGCUACAGCGAUCAAAAGUACAAAAUCGCUCAAAAAAAAUGUGGGGGUAUUUAAAAUUUUUUCGAAAAGCCUACUUUUGCGAACUAGUCCUAGGUUUUUCACCUGAUCGGAACCAAGCCAGUGCAGAAAGAUUCUCUGGUGAGUGAAUUAUCAAUAAUUAUCAAAAAAAAAGUAGAAUUUUCAACCCGCCGUUGCAAAGGGACGCCAAAAUGUUCGAAAGGGGCGGGGCCACUUUAAGUAAAAUGCCUAUAACUCCUGAACGAAAUGUGAUACCUCCAACAAACUUCGAAAAAUGCAGAGAUUGGCCACGUGGUGGCACCAUAAGAGGGAAAAAUACAAAAAUGGCUAUAACUGCGCAACUAUUUGUCAUAUCAACAUGAAAAUCGCAGUGCACAGCCUUGGUCUGAAGUGCUACAAGUGUCUACAAGGACAUUUAUGUAUCUGAAAAACCAUGGCCGCCAUUGGCCGACGAAAUUUGAGCACCUGUUAGACAAGGUUAACAGGGGCCGAUCGGAAUGAAACUUGGUGGGCCUGUUUGGCUCACAGCCCCAAAGGUCUGGGAGAAAUUUGAAAGAAAUCGGCUGCUGGGGGGGGUGGGUGAUAUCGUACUUUUCAAGGGUAUAAACGAUUGUACGUCGCAUGUUUUUUGCACAUAUGCACAGAAUAUAUCACAGAACUCCUCAUUCCAGGACAACUUUACCUCUAGAACCACUGCUGUCAAUCAAAUUGUUUGUUAAAUGAUUAAGAAGAUGUUAAAAACCUACUUUUACAAACUAGUCCUAGGUUUUUCACUGGAAAAAAACGCUGCAGUACAAUUUUCUAGACUCUCUAGGCCAAUAAUUAUUACAAUAAUUAUCAAAAAAACUUUCAACUCACUGUUGCAAAGGGAAGCCAAAACGUUCGAAAGGGGCGAGUCCACUUUUAGUAAAAUGCCUAUAACUCUUGAACGGAAUGAGGUAUCUUUGCUAAACUCAGAACACUUGUGUAUAAGCUCAAUCUGAGGUCACAGUGAAAAAACAUUUGUCAUAUCAACAUGAAAAUCGCUGUGCACGGUCUUGGUCCGAACUGCCACAAGUGUCUACAAGGACAUUUGCUUAUCUCAGAAAACGUGGCCGCAAUUGGAGGACGAAGUUUGAGCACCUGUUUAGACAAGGUUAACGGGGGCUGAUCAGAACGAAGGUUGGUCCCAAAGGUCUGAGAGAAAUUUAAACACUAUGUACGUUGUGUGGUUUUAGAUACGCACAAUAUGCAUAUCAUAUGAUAGAACUCCUCAUUAUGGACAACUUUGCCUCUAGAACCACUGCUGUCAGUCAAAUUGUUUGUUAAAAACCUACUUUUGCAAAUUUGUCCUAGGUUUUUCACUCAAUCUGGAAAAAAAAACACUACAGUACAAUUUUCUGGACUCUUUAGGCCAAUAAUUAUUUAAAAAUGUACCCUUUCGGAAGCUAUAACAGGGCCGUUAAGAAAAGGGGCCUGUCCAAAUGUACCAAAAAUCCUAUAAAGCCUAAAGAAAAACUCAAAACUUCACAAAACUGGCUGCGCACAUGCAAUAGGUGAUUCUAAACAAGCAUGCAAAGUUUUAAGGGAAGCAGAGCACAGUUGGUGCUAUAACAAUCAUAAACAUUAAAAAAACAUAUUUCUAUGGUAAAUUACCUGGAUUUGCCAAAAAUGCUUUCUUAAUCAUUGAUUUAAGUGGGUAGAGCUUUGGUUACAAUUUUGCAUUCUCCAGUCAUGUCUUGCCUAAAUCAGGAAAAAUAUGCAAAGAUCAAGCACCAUUUACAAGUGAAAACAUUGUCCAAAAACAGUCCUGAGCAAAGUGGAUAUUGAUGUGAGAGGACUUUUUCAUAUGAGGAACCAUUUUAAUGGAUUAUGGACUUAUAUUUUGGCCAGAAGCGAUAAAAAGCCUUAAUGAUGGAUUUGUUUCUUACAAACACACAGAUUUUCACCUCACAAUAUAUUGAUUGAUGGACUGUCUUACUUGUGGAUUAUUUUGAUGUUUUUAUCAGCUGUUUGGACGUUCUGACGGCACCCAUUCACAUCCAUUGGUGAGCAUGUGAUGUAAUGCUACUGUAAAUUCCUCCAAAUGUGUUUUGAUGAAGAAACUCAUCUACAUCUUGGAUGGCCUGAGAGUGAAUACAUUUUAGCAAAUUUUCAUUUUUGGUUGAACUAUUCCUUUAAAGGUGAAGUUUGUAAUUUUUUUUUAAUGUUAAAAUGCUUUCUAACUGUAAGCCAUUCGUAGGUUGACUUCCUGAAGAGUGUAACACUGUGGCUUUGUGGUGCUUUUCACAAUACUCUUUUGGAUUGAGCAUCCCAACAUGUCAACUUCUGAAUUCAAUGGCAGUGGGAAGGCGUUUUGAGGUGCAGUUCAGACAGAAACACAUUCUAGCGUUAAAAACUGUAAACUUGUAAGCUCAACAGAAAACAAGUUUAUAGGUGCUUUACGAACCGUACACAACACUCAACUUGUUCAAAUGUACUGUAAAUAUCAUCUGAUGAUCGGGUCCAUUUUCUCAAAACAGGAUCUUCAGUGCUUCUGAAUGUAGAAACUAAUGGCAUUUAGGUAACCUUUGCAUAGAUCAACAAUUAAAAAAUAAUGCAGACAUUUUUUAAAUGAGUCUCAAAUAUUUACACAUACACUGUAAAAAAUUAUUUUUAAGUACAUUUUACAAUAACUUUCUACUGAAAUUUCACCAGUGUUGCUUGUGGUUUAUUUUAAUUAAUUCUCAAAUUUACUAGCAAUUUCUGAUUGACACUGCAUUUUCAUGAAAAUAGCCAAAGAAGUGUUAGAAAAACUAACAAAAAAAGUGCAAAUGGAAACGCAAGAAUGUGCCCUGAAUGAACGGCCAAUAAAAGUGUGAAACAAUUUUUUUUUAAUUCCGUUUCGUGACAGAAUUUACAAACUUCACCUUUACAUACAUUCACUCAUUGGGUUAAACUUCAUAUUUUCGUCAGAUUUAUAAUGAAUAUUCACAAAUGUUACCGAUUUGCUCACUUUAGGAUCACAUCCGACUGGCUAUUAGCAGAUUUCCUGCAUCUAAACGCUCUGUUUCAUAACUCAUAAUAGUGCCUUGUAUAAUAUUUCACUGGUGUUUUGGGGGUAAAAUGGGAUAAAUUUUCUUUUUAUUUAUUUAUUAACUACAGCUAGUAAUGGUUUAAUUGUUCUUCGAAAAGUCACUUUUGCACAUACCUGCCAAAUAUAAUCAGAUAUAGCAUCAGUGCUAUGUUUGAGUUCUUUGUGCCGCUGCCCAUAAUGUCUUUUCAUCAUCAGUUUGUAUAUUUAUACAGAUGUUUUCGUUCCCUCAGCGGGUAAGUGUUGAGCGGCAUCGUCGUGCUGUGUUUGGCUCUCACUAUUCCUAUUAGUGACACGAAAUAUCGAACACUGUCAAAGAUUUAGGAUUGCUUUUAGACACUGGCUCCUUCAGAUGGGUCCAUCACUCCUGUAAAUGCAUUCAUAUCAAAUGUACAGAUAUUUAAACUUUUUUGAAAAGAGUUAUAUUUUUGUGAGAAAUUUGUAAAAUAAAAAAGGUUAUGUAAAUAUCCAUUUGUAAA